UCAGGAGUUGCUCGCUCCCCAUGCCUUGUCCCAAUUAACUUUCAACACAGCAAUCUCUACCAGGACUUUUAUGGAGUGAUUUUACUCUCAGUGGAAGUUUUUUUACUUUUUACUAGGUCAAUGGAUCUCACUGUUGUGACUGAACUGAACCUUUGCUUAAAUUACACAUGUGAAUAUGCUCAUAAGACAACAGUGACUGUACUUCUCAAUGCAUGUGUGACAGCAGUGAUCAUUCUGACUGUGUGUGGAAACUUGCUUGUGAUCAUCUCCAUCUCGCACUUCAAGCAGCUCCACACACCGACAAACUUCUUAAUUCUUUCUCUUGCUACAGCUGACAUGAUGGUUGGUGUCACUGUCAUGCCAUUGCAGUUUAUAACAAAAACCUUAUGCUGGCACAUGAGCACUACACUUUGCUAUUUUUCACUGCUGUGCUCAACCCACUUCACCUUUGUUUCUAUUUACAAUGUGACGUUAAUUUCCCUGGAUCGGUUUUAUGCUCUGAGCAACCCAUUUCAGUACUCAAACAAUAUCACCCUCAAAGUCACCUCUGUUCUUAUCUGCUUGAAUUGGUUCGUUUCAUUGUGCUAUAAUCUGUUUUUUAUUUAUUUAAAUGUAACUGGAAAUGGUGAUGUGGUGUGUUUUGGGGAGUGCCCUGUAGUGGUGAAUGAGACUUGGGCAGUCACAGACCUUUUUGUUACUUUCGUCAUACCGUGUUCUGUGAUGAUUAUUUUGUACACAAAAAUAUUUGCUAUUGCUAGAAAACAUGCAAAAAACAUCAACAUCACCAGAAAUCAUGGCGAAUGCGUUCCUAAAGCUUCAGAAAGGAAAGCAGCCACCACACUUGGAAUUCUAGUUGUUGUGUUUGUCACAUGUUUGUUACCCUACUUCUUGUGUAUUGAGUUGAUUCCUAUUAUUCCAUAUACAUUAUUUGAUCAGGUCCUUGAUGCAACUCUGACCAUAGUACACCUGAACUCUACUUUUAAUCCAAUCAUUUAUGCACUCUUCUACCCCUGGUUCCAAAGAUGUGCAAAACUCAUUCUCAUGCUAAACAUUUUCAAUCCUGGCUCCUCUCUAAUAAAUGUACUUUCAAAAAAUUGAUAGGUGUGAAUAUAAAUAAAUUCAUCACAUGUUCAUUAAAAAAACUAGGUAUUCAAAUAUAUUUCUAUAUGUCA